UCAAAUUUAAGGACAGGAAAUUAUUAAAAUGGAGGAGUAAUGUGGAUUGGAAUAUUGGAAUAGAAGUGAUGACUCUACAGUCUGGACAUCCCUAAUAUUGACAGAUGGACGCCUUCCAAGACUCUGAAAGCGUGUUUAAUUCCACAAGUUUGGAUCACACUUUCCCCAGGAAAAACACGGAUAAAGAUGUAGCUGAAAUCAAAGAAAACGUGUCAAGAACUUUGAAAGAUGCAAAGCGUAAAUUGAUUGAUUUACGCAACGAAGUUGAAAGAAAAGACAAUAUAAUCCGCCAAGCUAAUUUGGUUAACAGCAAUAAUAGUCAUGUUAUGGACUUGGAAUAUUCAACAGAGUACAGCUCCUCCAAACGUUUCCCAUUAUAUAAUAACAACUAUGAGAACCCAAUAGACAGCGAAAAAUUGUUGCAUGAUGAAAUAAAGGUUUUGGAUAGUUUGAAUGAUAGCCUCAUGGAAAAGCUUGCUAGAACUGAGUCAAAAUUAGAAGCUACACGAAUGCACAAUGACGAGAUAAGUUUGGAGGCCGAAGCUAAAAUAGCAGCCAAAGGUGCAGCUCUUGUAGAAAAGAUCUAUAAAGCACAAAAGGAACGUGAUGCCGCAGUAUUGUCACGACUGCGGUUGGCAAAUGAAGAACGUGAUGAAGUUUUAGCUAGGAUGAAACGACUUGAACAGGAACAACAGGGAUUUGAUUCUGGUGUUGACUCUAUCUUUGAUGAUGAUGAGGAUGAUUUGACAAUGAAGGAUCUAUUUAAGAAACUUGUAGAUUCAGAGUCUGGAGCAAGUAUCAGCAAACAUGGUGAUUUAAUACUAGCAAAAUACAAGAAACAUGGAAAAGGAAGACAAAUUAUGGCAGCUGAAGAAAUUCAGGCUUUGAUUGAUGAACGUGAUGAUGCACUUUACAAAGUUAGAGCGCUUGAGAAGGAGGUAAAAUCAAAACAAGAGGAAAUGGAAAUGAUGAAACAACAGUUUCAAUUUGCUGAGAAGACCAGAAUUAAGUCCGGACAAGCACAAUUGAUGGCUGCUCAACAAGAAAAAGAUGCAACACAACUGAGAAUUAAAGAACUUGAAGAAGAAGUCCAGAACUAUCGUGUUCGUUACAGUUUACAUAGGUCGCUGUCGCAAGAACAGACAUUGAGAGAUCAGUUUAAUGCGACAAUGAAUUCUUUUGAAACGAAACUGAACGAACGUGAGAAAGAUCUUGUAGUAGCACAAAACAACACAAAGGAGUUGGUAGCACGACUCCAAGCAAUCUCGAAAGAAAGAGAUGAGCUCAGUCUCCAACUUUCUCAAGCUUUAAGUAAUCACAAAAAGGAAAAGGAAAGAACAGAAAAGUUGGAAAGGCUUGUGUCAGUCCUCCGAAAAAGAAUAACUAAUUCCGGCAAGCAAACACUUUAAUGUAACUAUUCUAAAUGUAAAUAUUUUUGUACAGAAUUUAUAUUUGUAUCAAAUAUUUUAUUUUUCCGCAAGACUUUAAAAUUAAAAUAUAAAACCAAUCUAACAUGAAGUAGUGGAAAGAACAUCAAGAGACCAACAUGGCGGACUAUAAUUUUGAACAUUAUAUUGUUAAUUUUGUACGGUGUAAAAAGUAUACCGUGUAUUUUUAAAUUCAAACAUGGCCCA